AAGAAGAAGCGACGGCGGCAAACUCUAUCUGAUCUACCCGUCUCUCGCACGACCGUCACUCCAAAAUAACAAUGCACAAUUACAGUGACGCCGAUUGUGUGAAGUAUUUACCUUAUUUGAGAGAAAUGUACGUUAGCAGAGCGUUGAUCCGACAGUCUCUUAAUAGGAAGAUUACAAACAGCGAUUAAUGACACACAAUCAUUCUCUGCUGUUAUUUUUGUGGUUUGCUUCACGAUAUCUAGUGUCCCUCCUACAACAAUACUGGGAAUAUUCACCUCAUCCUACAAGAGAAGGACAAACUCCAGGUGUAGCAGCUGAAAUCUGUGUGACUGUUAAAGAUGGAGUUUAUUAAAGAGGAGACUGAAGACAUGAGUGAUCCAGAGCCAUCCAGAAUAAAAGAUGAAGAUACUGAGGAACAAAUAGACCAGAUGGAAGUGAUGGAACAAAGACACAGACUGAAUGAAGUGGAGAAACAUGACUUGAAACCUGAAGGAACAAAAGCCAAAAAGCUGCACACCUGCUCACAGUGUGGAAAGAGUUUAAAAAAUGAAAGAGUCCUUAAAAGACACAUAAGAAUUCACACUGGAGAAAAACCGUUUACAUGCACUCAGUGUGGAAAGAGUUUUCCUGGUGAAUCAGGUCUAAUUUAUCAUCUGCACAUCCACACUGGAGAAAAACCAUUUAACUGUGAUCAGUGUGGUAAAGAUUUUAUUUCAUCAUCAAAUCUAAAAACACACCUGAAAGUUCAUUCAGAUGAGAGACCUUAUGUGUGUUUACUCUGUGGAAAGACUUUUUCACGACAGGGCAGCUUUAAACUGCACCAGAAAACACAUAAUGAAGUGAGAGAUCAUGUGUGUUUGGACUGUGGGAAGAGCUUUACUGCAUCCAGUCAACUGAAACAGCACCAAAGAAUUCAUACUGGAGAAAGACCUUACAAGUGCUCAUAUUGUGACAGGAAAUUCUCUCAGGUUGGACACCUGAAAACACAUAAGCGACUUCAUACUGAAGAGAACCGCUGUACUCAGUGUGGAGAGAGUUUUCUAUUUUCAUCAAGCCUUCUUAUUCAUAUAAAUAAAUAUCAUAAUGCAUAAUAACUACAAUAACUAACUUUAAUUUUCAUUGCAAAUACACAUUUUAGUUUCAUUUUGUUAAUUUGUUGAAAUGCUCUGAGAACUAUAAAGACUUGAGAGUUGAAGCUUCACCAGUCAACAACUCUUACAUUAAAAGUGCAGUUUUGUAUAUUCUGUUAGGCUGGGUUGUGUCUAGAAUACAUUAAUGUAAUUUGCUUUUCACUAAUUAGUCUAUUAAUGUGUUCUAGAGUAUAUAGAGUUCUGAAAUAAGAGGAUAUACAUCUUGUCUUGAUUGAGUUAUUAUUGACUGAGAAUGAAUUUAGUUUCAAACAAUACUGUACUAAAUAAAUUUGAGAUGUACUGUAUUAUUAAAAUAAUCCCAAACUGAA